CCGAGCCGAUGGAAGCCGUCAGGAUGAACUACAGGUCGGCGUGCAGCCCGAUCGGCAUCGUGCGCUUCUUGGAGAUCUUCCUGUCCUGCGUGGCCUUCAGCCUGGUGGCCAGCGCCGGCACCGGCGCCUAUGCGGGCUCCUACGGGGCCUGGUGCAUGUUCUCCUGGUGCUUCUGCUUCGCCGUGUCCGUGCUGAUCGUGCUGCUCGAGCUCUUCGGACUUCAGGAGAAGGUCCCGAUCUCCUGGGACGACUUCACCACGGCCUUCGCCAUGCUGGCCACCUUGAUGCAGCUCACGGCGUCCAUCAUUUACCCGGUGGAGUUCCUGAACGGCGCGGGCGCCCACUCGUACAAGGCGGCGGCCACUGCCAUGUCGUGCCUGUGCUUCGUCGCCUACGCGGUGGAGGUGGGCCUGACCCGGGCCAAGCCGGGCGAGAUCAGCGGCUUCCUCACCACCGUGCCGGGCUUGCUCAAAGUUCUCGAGUCCUUCGUGGCCUGCAUCAUCUUCAUCUCCAUCAACGACUACGCCCGCAGCCCUGGGACGCAGUGGUGCCUGGCGGUGUACUGCAUCUGCUUCAUCUUCGCCGUCGUCAUCAUGCUCUUCACCAUCUUCCGCAUCAUCUCCUACUUCCCCUUUUCCUUCGACAAGGUCCUCAUGGGCUACAACGUCUUGGCCAUCGCCCUUUAUGCGUCCGCUUCCAUCAUCUGGCCGAUCUUCUGCUUCGACAAGGCGCACGGGGGCACCAGCCCACGACCGGCCAACUGCGGCAGUGGGUGCCCCUGGGACGGCCGGGUGGUCGUGGCCGUCCUCAGCUUCUUCAACCUGGUGGUGUACGUGGUGGACACGGUCUACUCUGUCCGCCUGGUCUUCUUCAUCGCUGCGGCGUGAGGACC